UCGGGUAGUGUAGCAGAAAAUUUUUUUGUGUUUGGACAGUUUGGUGGUGUUAGACAGGAGUAAGUUGUUGUGUUUUUGAUCGUCAAAAAUUGUUCAUUUAAUUCAACGCCAAUUGAAAUGGCCCUUAGUGGCUUUGUCGACUUUUUCCAAAAAGGAAAGACAUUCAAACCAAAAAAGAAGUUUGAACCUGGAACAUUGCGCUAUUCCUUACACACACAAGCACAGGCUUCAUUAAGUUCUGGAAUAAAUCUUCGAGCUGCAGUCUUACUACCUCCUGGUGAAGAUCUGAAUGAUUGGAUUGCAGUUCAUGUGGUGGACUUCUUCAAUCGCAUAAACCUUAUCUAUGGAACUAUAUCUGAUUAUUGUUCAGAGGCAUCAUGCCCAACCAUGUCUGGAGGACCUAAAUUUGAAUAUCUAUGGGCUGAUGGCAAUAAGUACAAGAAGCCCACAAAAUUACCAGCUCCUCAAUAUAUCUCAUUGCUGAUGGAGUGGGCUGAAGGUCAAAUAAACAAUGAGUCUCUUUUCCCUGUUAGUACUGAUAUCCCAUUUCCUAAGACGUUUGUCAGCCAGUGCAAGAAAAUUUUGACUCGUCUGUUCCGCGUAUUCGUCCACGUCUAUAUUCACCAUUUUGACCGUUUGGUAGCGAUCGGUGCUGAAGCUCACGUUAACACAUGCUACAAGCAUUUCUAUUAUUUUAUUCGCCAAUUUGAUUUAAUUGGGGAUCGAGAAUUAGAACCGUUGCAGGAAAUGACUGCCCAUAUUUGCAAGGAUCCUCCUAUCGAUUACACCAGCUCUCCUUCUCGUUCCAAUCAUCGAUGAUAACAGUUCCAGUCAAUGUAAAUAUUAAUAGGCAUUAGACAGGUGUGUUUCCUCAACGAUCUUAGUGAUUGAAUCUCCCACAUAAUUAUUUAAACUAUUCAAGUCUUCGUUUUCAAUCCUAAAUAUUCAGUAUGUGCUGUCUGGUGUUACUGUUCAAAUCCCACGAAACGACUUUUUUUAACGAUAUUUCAAUGAUUUAUUCUGAAGCUCUGAAGUCAUCCGAAUUCUUAGCACCCAACUUGAAGACACAUCACGGCAAUACAAAGCUCCUAUUUCACUGCUCA